CACGUUUUAUUUCUCUGUGGUGAUAGCACUCUACUGAGCACCUAAGGGCUUAAUGAAUAGACCAAUUCUAGUAGCUGCUCUGGGGAGGUAGGGAGGUGUUAAAGAAAUGUUUAUGUUCUGUCUUCUGUGAUGUAGACCUACUCUGGCUGAAAUUAAGCACCAGAAGAGGAAUGUAUGGCUUCAUGGGCACUAGUCUGUGUGUGUUUCCUCCAGGACCCUACAGCUGUAUGAAAGGGUAAUAAUCUUUCAUUUAUCCACAGGGCAGCCUGAAGAUGGCUAAUCACACGCCCACAGAGGAUGACUAUGACGUCCUCAUAGAGGACGAUCUGAAGAACAACGAGAUAGAACAAUGCGACCAAUAUGACAACAAGAUUCUCUCAACCCAGCUGGUGCCACCCCUCUACACGAUGGUGUUCAUACUUGGUCUCCUGGACAAUCUCUUGGCUGUGCUUAUCCUGGUAAAACAUAAAGGACUCAAAAAAGUGGGAAAUAUCUAUUUCCUAAACUUGGCACUUUCUAAUUUGUGUUUCUUGGUCACCCUGCUGUUCUGGGCUCACUCUGCUGCCCGUGGGGGGAUUCUCGGCGAUCCCAUGUGUCAAAUUCUUGUUGCGCUCUCCUCUGUAGGCCUAUACAGUGAGGCGUUUUUCAACGUCCUUCUGACUGUGCAAAGGUACCUGGUGUUUUUUGAUGUGGAGACCCUUUCCUUGGUGCCCUGUGGCAUCAUCACAAGUAUCCUGGCAUGGAUAACAGCCGUUCUGGUCUCUUUGCCAGAAUUCAUGUUUUACAAACCUCAGAUGGAAAGCCAGAAAUACAAGUGUUUCUUUAGCAAACCUCAUUUCCUGCCAGCUGAUGAGACAUUCUGGAAUCAGUUUCUGACCUUGAAGAUGAACAUUUUGGGACUUCUUUUCCCACUGUUUGUUUUUAUAUUUUGCUACGUGGGAAUGAGAAAGACACUAAGGUUUGGGGAGAGCAACUAUGACAUUUACAAGCUUGUUUUUGCCGUAAUGGUUGUUUUCCUUCUGAUGUGGGGACCCUACAAUGUUGCGCUUUUCCUGUCUGCUUUCAAAGAAUACUUCUCCCUGCAAGGCUGCAGGAGCAGCUACAACCUGGACAGAAGUGUUCAGAUCGUGAAAAUCAUCGCCACUACCCACUGCUGUGUCAACCCGCUCCUCUACGUAUUUCUUGACAAGGAAUUUAGGAGACAUCUCUGCCACCUUUGCUAUCGGUGUAAUAGCACUCCACUGCAACCCACUAAGAGACCCACACAACAUACACAACAGCACAGGGAAGAAGAGGACGCAUCUACUGAAGUGUAAACUAGCCUCCAUCAGAGGAAGGAUAAAUAAACAUCGAUUUUUGU